AGCGCCUGGCAAGCGGUCGUCGCUGUCCGCGGUGCUGAAAACGCCUCCCCGAGUUCGAGCCCCGCCGCCGCCGCCGCCGCCGCCCGAUGGACGAGAUGGAGGAGGAGCUGAAGUGCCCCGUGUGCGGCUCAUUCUUCCGGGAGCCGCUGAUCCUGCCCUGCUCGCACAACCUGUGCCUGGCCUGCGCGCGCCACAUCCUGGUGCAGACCCCCGACGGCGACUCCCCGCAGAGCCGGCGCGCCUCGGGCUCGGCCGACUACGACUACCUGGACCUGGACAAGCUGAGCCUGUACAGCGAGGCCGACAGCGGCUACGGCUCCUACGGCGGCUUCGCCAGCGCGCCCGCCACCCCCUGCCAGAAGUCCCCCAACGGCGUGCGCGUCUUCCCCCCCGCCGCGCCGCCGCCGCCCCCUCCCCCGCCGCCGGCGCCGUCCCCGGCCACGCUGGCCCCGGGCGCCCGCCACGCCUGCCUGACCUGCCCGCUGUGCCACCGCAGCCUGGUGCUGGACGAGCGCGGCCUGCGCGGCUUCCCGCGCAACCGGGUGCUGGAGGGGGUCAUCGAGCGCUACCGGCAGGGCCCGGCGGCCGCGCUGCGCUGCCAGCUGUGCGAGAAGGCGCCCCGCGAGGCCACGGCCAUGUGCGAGCAGUGCGACGUCUUCUACUGCGAGGCCUGCCGCCUGCGCUGCCACCCGCCCCGCGGCCCCCUGGCCAAGCACCGCCUGCUGCCCCCCGCCCAGGGCCGCCUCGGCCGCCGCCUCAGCCCCCGCAAGGUGGCCACCUGCACCGACCACGAGCUCGAGAACCACAGCAUGUACUGCGUGCCCUGCAAGAGCCCCGUCUGCUACCAGUGCCUGGAGGAGGGCAAGCACGCCAGCCACGAGGUCAAGGCCCUCGGCGCCAUGUGGAAGCUGCACAAGAGCCAGCUGUCGCAGGCACUGAAUGGAUUGUCAGACAGAGCAAAGGAAGCCAAGGAGUUCCUCGUUCAGCUCCGAAACAUGGUGCAGCAAAUUCAGGAGAACAGCGUGGAGUUUGAGGCCUGCCUGGUUGCCCAGUGCGACGCGCUGAUCGAUGCUCUCAACCGGAGGAAAGCCCAGCUGUUGACACGGGUCAACAAGGAACACGAACACAAGCUCAAGGUGGUGCGAGAUCAGAUCUCCCACUGCACAGUAAAGCUACGCCAGACGACGGGGCUUAUGGAGUACUGUCUGGAGGUCAUCAAGGAGAACGACCCUAGCGGAUUCCUGCAGAUCUCUGAUGCACUCAUCCGGAGAGUUCACCUGACUGAGGACCAGUGGGGGAAGGGGACGCUCUCCCCGAGGAUGACGACGGACUUUGACCUGAACUUGGACAACGCGCCUCUGCUGCAGUCCAUCCACCAGCUGGACUUUGUGCAGAUGAAAGCUUCCUCCCCAGUGCCGGCCCCUCCGAUCCUGCAACUGGAAGAAUGCUGCACCCACAACAACAGCGCCACGUUGUCGUGGAAACAGCCGCCGCUCUCCACCGUGCAAGUGGAGGGGUACAUUCUGGAACUGGACGACGGGAAUGGCGGCCAGUUCAGGGAGGUGUACGUUGGCAAGGAAACCAUGUGCACCGUGGAUGGGCUUCACUUCAACAGCACCUACAGCGCUCGGGUCAAGGCCUUCAACAAGACGGGGGUCAGCCCCUACAGCAAGACGCUCGUCCUCCAGACCUCUGAGGACUCCGAGCCCGAGGAGCAGGCCCUGACCUUCCCCGUGCCUUUGGAAAGAUUGCAGCUGCGUAAAUCCAUCCCCUUCUCUUCCACCCUAAACCUGCAAAACAGCUUUCCGGGGAGAUCCUACUUUGAGUUCCGGUCCUCGCCCCACCAAAUGAGUUUGCACUCUUCUUUGCAGUCUCUCAAUUCUGCUGGUUUUGAUGCUCAGUCAGCACCUUUCUCUCAAUUAGUUGAUAUUAAAAAACUGGUAGCAGUCGCCUGGUUCUCCUUCGACCCCAGCACCGCCCACUCGGACAUCAUCUUCUCCAACGACAACCUGACCGUCACUUGCAACAGCUACGACGACCGGGUCGUGCUGGGAAAGACCGGCUUCUCCAAAGGGCUCCACUAUUGGGAGCUGUCGAUUGACCGCUACGACAACCACCCGGACCCGGCCUUCGGGGUGGCCCACGUCGACGUGGCCAAGGACGUCAUGCUGGGGAAGGACGACAAAGCGUGGGCCAUGUACGUGGACAACAACCGGAGCUGGUUCAUGCACAACAACUCACACACCAACAGGACCGAAGGGGGCAUCACCAAAGGGGCCACCGUGGGCGUCUUGCUUGAUCUGACCAGGAGGACUCUGACCUUCUCCAUCAAUGAGGACCAGCAGGGGCCGGUGGCCUUCGAGAACCUGGAGGGCAUCUUCUUUCCAGCUGUCAGCCUGAACAGGAACGUGCAGGUGACGCUCCACACCGGUUUGCCGGUCCCGGACUUUUACCACACACGGGGCGCCAUGCAGUAAAGAUGGAGCCAGCAUUAUGCCCCGCCUGGCCUUUUCUCAGGACACAUCGAGAGAGCUGUGUGGCUUUUCAUCAGGAACCGCCCUCGAAGGAGGCAGCGGGGGAAUAUCUGGUCGGCUGGAGCCUCCGGGCCAGCGAAAAACCAAAUGCGGUAAAGCAGAAAAACACUUAGAGAACAGAAAGGACAAACCAGACGGCGUAGCCCACAGCUCUGCAGCAAACCCGCUCCCUCUCACCGGCCCUGUGUGCUCUUUGUGCGUUGGCUUCUCUCUUUUGUGCUCUUUCGGUCCAAAAAAAGCCGUCUCGGAGAGCCCGAGAUUGGAUACAUCUCCCACUUUUGGACUCGGUUUUCGUUCCAGCAUGGAUUUUCCUUUUCUCCCAAAGGCGACUUGUCCGCUGCUCGUGCAGCCGAAGAAGAAGAAGAAGAAGAAGAGUUUGGAUUUAUAUCCCCCCUUUCUCUCCUGCAGGAGACUCAAAGGGGCUGACAAUCUCCUUGCCCUUCCCCCCUCACAACAA